ACAAAUCAAUAUUUUGAAAAUGAAAAUCAUAAAUCAACUCGAGUUUGUUUGAUGAAGAAAAAUCAUGUCGCUUGAAGAACUAAAUCAGAAGUUUUAUGAAUAUCUCGAAGAGAUUAUCUAUUCAACUGUCAAUAUUAAUGAUUCCUAUGAUCGAGUAACUGUAAUGCAAUGGAUUAGAAAGUUGAGCAGUUUAGAUGACAAAUUGCUGACAAAUGUACAGCUUAGAAAUGAGUAUACGAAUUUUUUGAGAAUAACUUUGGAUAAUGGAAAAAUUUAUUUGUGUGUGCCAUUUAAAGAACCUCCACCGGAUGGUGAGCUAAGGCCAUUAUGUGAAGUACUGGCUAAUUUUGUAGCUGCUAAAUGUCCACAAAUUCCUAUGACAGGCCCUAUCGAACCUGUGAUGUCUCAAAUGAGUGCUGACGGAAGAGUUUUCACUAAAGUCAAACAGUCUAAAGAUGGCGGGGUUUUUUGUUACAUAGCAGUUACACCGGAUGGAUUUGAAGAAACUGACGAACCCUAAUUCAAUUCAAAAGUCUUUUAAUAAAAAAGCAAAAAUAAAUGUGAAAAUUCGUGAAGUGGUAGUUACAACAUCAAAAACACAAAGUAUCCAGUUAUCCACAUAAAAGCCAUAUAAUAUAAGGAUUAGCCAGUAAAAUAAUUAACUUCUUAAUAUUAUUAAAAGUGUUUGUAUUACGAAA